AUGAAGUGGAUGAUCAUCUUAUUCAUAUGCCUUCAUCUCUCUGAGGGACAAGUUAGAGUCCCACUGAAGAGACUGAAAUCUAUACGAGAGACCAUGAAGGAGAAAGGAGUUCUUCAAGACUUUGUGAAGACUCACAUAAAAGAACCAGCUAUAAAAUACGGCCUAAAUCGGCCCAACAGCUUUGGAGUGGCCUAUGAGCCUAUGUACUUAGAUAACUAUUACUUUGGUGAAAUCAGCAUUGGGACCCCUCCCCAAAACUUUCUUGUUGCUUUUGACACUGGUUCUUCCAAUCUUUGGGUUGGUUCUACAUACUGUCAAAGUCCAGCGUGCACCAAUCACCCACUGUUUAAUCCUACACAGUCCUCCACAUAUAGCUCCAAUAACCAACAGUUUGCAAUGUCUUAUGGGAGUGGCAGCAUGACUGGAGUGCUGGGUUACGACACAGUCACUGUACAAGGUCUGUCUAUUCAAAACCAGGAACUGGGUCUGAGUGUCACUGAGCCAAGUAGCUUCUUCUAUUAUGCCAAAUUUGAUGGAAUAUUUGGAAUGGCCUAUCAGUCAAUGUCAGCAGGAGGAGCCACAACUGCUGUUCAGGGUCUGAUAAAGCAAAAUCUCAUCCCACAGCCGCUGUUCAGCUUCUAUCUCACUGGACAAUCUGGAGAGGUGAUACUUGGAGGUGUGGACAGCAGCCUCUACUCUGGCCAAAUUUAUUGGACACCGGUAACUCAACAGAUAUACUGGCAGAUUGCUAUUGAAGAGUUCUCUGUUAAUGGACAGGCCAGUGGCUGGUGCAGUCAGGGUUGCCAGGGAAUUGUGGACACAGGGACUCCUCUACUUACCAUCCCACAGCAGUACCUGGGUUACCUGUACCAAUAUAUUGGUGCCCAGGAAGGGCAAAAUGGAGAGUACAUGGUCAACUGCAACAAUGUGCAGAGUCUGCCUGCUAUCAGCUUCACCAUCAGUGGGACCCAGUUCUCUAUUCCUCCCUCAGGAUAUAUCCUACAGAUCAAUGGAUAUUGUGUUGUUGGAUUUGAGGCAACAUAUCUGCCUUCCAGGAAUGGUCAGCCGCUCUGGAUUCUGGGAGAUGUGUUCCUUCGGCAAUACUACUCUGUCUAUGACUUUGGCAACAACCAGGUUGGCUUUGCAGCCAUGGCCUAA